AUGCCAACGGCUAAAAUUGAUUGUAGAUCAGUUCAAAACUUACAAUAUGAUGGUAAUAUAAUAACCACUCCAUAUGGUUUAACAUUGUUAGAAAUACAAGGUGAAUUGAAUCUACCCGAUAAAGUUGUUGAGAAUAAUGAGAAUUUUAUAAAGGUUGAUGAGAUUUAUGAUGCUGUCAAAUUUGGUAAUUUAGUAUUUGAUCAGAAAGAAACCAAUAAAGUUAUUUUGUUUAUAGGUAAUAGUCAAAGGCUAUUAGGUACAAUUGAAAAAUUAAAUACUCCAUUGGGUGUUUUAAAAAUACCAGUAAAGAAUGAUGAUAAUAUGGAAAUUGAAGAAGAUAUUAAAAUGAUUGAUAUUGUUAAACAUAAAUUAAUUUUCAAACAACGUCCAUUACCAAUUAUGUAA